AUGUUUCCCUGGGCCCUCCGCCACCUCCCAGGACCCCACCAGGAGUUAUUUAGACACCACAAGGAUAUGCAGCGCUUCAUCCGCUAUGAGAUCAUCAGGCACAAGCUCAAGGCAUCAGAGGCCCCCAAGGACAUCAUCAGCUGCUAUCUGGCCCAAAUCACCAAGGCCUCAGACAAUCCUAUCUCCACAUUCAACGAGGAGAACCUGAUCCAAGUGGUGAUCGACCUGUUUCUGGGAGGCACCGACACCACAGCCACAACUCUGCACUGGGCACUCAUCUAUAUGGUCCAUCACAGAACCAUCCAGGAGAGGGUGCAGCAGGAGCUGGAUGCAGUGCUGGGCAGCACCCAGGCUGUCUGCUAUGAGGACCGGGAACGGCUGCCCUACACCCGGGCCGUCCUCCACGAGGUGCAGCGGCUCAGUAGUGUGGUGGCAGUGGGCGCCGUGCGCCAGUGCGUGACACCCACCAGCCUACGCGGGUACCAUGUGCCCAAGGGAACCAUCAUCUUGCCAAACCUUGCCUCUGUGCUCUAUGACCCGGAGUGCUGGGAGAACCCUCGACAGUUCAACCCUGGCCACUUCCUGGACAAGGAUGAGAACUUCAUGGUCAAUGAGGCCUUCCUGCCCUUCUCUGCAGGACAUCGGAUGUGCCCUGGGGACCAGCUGGCUCGAAUGGAGCUCUUCCUUAUGUUUGCCACCCUCCUUCGGACCUUUACCUUCCAACUGCCCGAGGGGAGCCCCGGGCUCAGGCUGGAGUAUGUCUUUGGGGGCACUCUGCAGCCUCAGCCCCAGAAGAUCUGUGCACUGCCUCGCCUGAGCAGCCCUAGCCCAGACCCUACAGAGGAGGGCCUACAGGGAGAAAGUGAAAGUUCGGCAGCCUACCUUGAGUGGCUCGUGGAAGCCUUUAGUCAAUAUGAUCUUGAGGUAACCGGAGGUGCUAACUUGGGAAGAAUUGGUGUGAUUACCAACAGAGAGAGACACCCAGGUUCUUUCGAUGUGGUUCAUGUGAAAGAUGCCAAUGGCAACAGCUUUGGCACUCGACUUUCUAACAUCUUUGUUAUUGGCAAAGGCAAGAAACCAUGGAUUUCUCUUCCCCAAGGAAAGGGGAUCCACCUCACCAUUGCUGAAGAGAGGGACAAGAGGCUGGCAGCCAAACAGAGCAGUGGGUGA